CGUUUUGCCUGCCUUUUCCAACCAAAGUCUGCCAUAAAAUGUCUUCAGAAAAUGUUGAAUCAUUGUUGCUGCAUCCAGCAAUGAUUUGCUCUGGUUUUCAAAAGUGUGGCAAUUUAUAACUUCGGCUUCAGCUGCAGACCGACCAAGAGACAUUUGGACACACUGGACUAAACCGUACACUGUUCAAAAUAGUAUUCUGAUCCACACCAGUUGGAGGCGGCAAUGCAAUCGUUGUUUUCCAACCGCCCAUAAACCACAAAGAAGAAGAAGAUCAACUAGGAGCAGCAAGUUCACAUAGCUUUAAGCUAACGCUAGCUAUCAUAACAUUAUUAACCCCAAUUUGGGGCCUUAAUCAGUCAUUGUCUUGCUACCUUGUUUAAGGCAGGCUUCAUUGGCUAAACAUGCAGAAAUACGAAAAGCUUGAAAAAAUUGGAGAGGGUACGUAUGGGACAGUUUUCAAGGCUAAAAACAGAGAAACCCACGAAAUUGUGGCUUUGAAAAGGGUCAGGCUGGACGACGACGACGAGGGGGUGCCAAGUUCUGCUCUGAGAGAAAUAUGUCUUCUGAAGGAACUAAAGCAUAAAAACAUUGUCAGACUACAUGAUGUUUUGCACAGUGACAAGAAGUUAACCUUGGUUUUUGAAUAUUGUGAUCAGGAUUUGAAGAAGUAUUUUGACAGCUGCAAUGGGGAUCUAGAUCCUGAAACUGUGAAGUCAUUCAUGUACCAGCUGUUGAAAGGCCUCGCUUUCUGUCACAGUCGAAAUGUUCUUCAUAGAGAUCUGAAGCCGCAGAAUCUCCUCAUAAACAGAAAUGGGGAGUUGAAGCUGGCUGACUUUGGGUUGGCUCGAGCCUUUGGCAUACCUGUGAGGUGUUACUCAGCAGAGGUGGUGACUUUGUGGUACAGGCCUCCAGAUGUGCUAUUUGGUGCAAAACUUUAUUCUACCUCAAUUGACAUGUGGUCUGCAGGAUGCAUAUUUGCAGAGCUGGCUAAUGCUGGAAGGCCUUUAUUCCCCGGGAACGAUGUGGACGACCAGUUGAAAAGAAUCUUCAGGUUGUUGGGUACACCAACUGAAGAACAGUGGCAGACGAUGACAAAACUCCCUGAUUACAAGCCAUAUCCAAUGUAUCCAGCCACCACCUCACUGGUGAAUGUGGUUCCCAAACUAAGUAGCACAGGACGGGAUCUACUCCAGAACCUGUUGAAAUGUAAUCCUGUCCAGAGGAUCUCUGCAGAAGAGGCCUUGCAGCACCCUUACUUUGCUGAUUUCUGCCCACCCUAAAUGCUAAAAUGCUCUCGCUAAACCUCAGCCACCAGAACCAAUCAUCCUUCACUCUGUUGGGUCAUUAGGACCAGUCCCAGCAAGGCAAAUCCCUCACUGGUUUUCAAACACUCUCUUGCAUUUUAUUCUGUUGUGCCUCUGUGUGGAACAAAGUCCUGGUGGCUCUGCAAGGUUUUAGGUUCUUUUAAGCUGCCAGCCUGUUUAAUUUGGUAAAUAUACGCCUCCCAGUUAACUAGCACUAAUGUGGGAGGGUGCACUAUGUGUUGCAUCAAAUACAUUUUUAUACCUGUGGAAACAGUUGUAAACAAGACGUACCAUUAAUUGCUUCCAUUAAUAGAAGUCUUAACAUUGGUGGAGACUGUAGUUUUGAUGCCAAUACCUGAUAUUUGAGUUUGAAAAAUGUAGAUAUAUUGGCCAUCAACACAAAGCAUAAACACAAAUGUUUGAUGAGAAUCACUCAAAUUUUAUUAUUAAAGAAUUGAGAUAUG